AUGGUGCUCGAUUUUGAAUACGGUAUUAAUACAGGAAAUCGUUUCCUUGAUUUAGUUGAUCAUGAUGAAGAUCCUGAUGAAUUUAUUGCCAGUAAAAUACAAUCAGAAGAAAAAAAAAAAAAAUCUUCAAAAGAAACUAAACCAGUAACAAAAAAACCAACAACACCAACACCUAGUGCUACUACAACUGCAAAAUCUGCUAGUAGUAAUGCAACGAAAACAAAUAAAGAAAAUUUAACUGGUAAACCAACAAAUACUGAUCAACGACGACCUCAACAAUCAAAUGUUUUAAGUGAUAAUAACAAUCAACAAACACGUGUUGAUAGUGGUCGAGGUGGCCGUGGUUAUUCAAGACGAGGUGGUAGUGCUGGUCAAGAUCGACCUAUGUAUGAAGGUAGCAAUCGUGGCAGUGGUCAACAACGUUCACAACGUUUUCAUAAAUUUGAAGUACAAGAAAACAAAAAUGAAACGAGUGGUUUUGAGCAAAGUGCUGCAACAUGGGAUAAUGCAACAGAACAUGAUAAUCAAAGUUUUGGUGGUUAUCGUGGUCGCGGUCGAGGUGGACCAAGACGUGGAAAUUUUGAAAGAGGUCGAGGUUUUGGUGGCCGAUUUCGUGGUCGUGGUGGACGUGGUAAUUUUAGUAACCGAAAUGUUGAAGAUGGUUCACAGGAACAACCACAAACACAAGAAACUAGUGGAAUGCAACAAACUAUCGAGCCACAUUUUGACAACACGCAUCCUCACUCAGCUAGAACGGUUGGUCAAGAAUUAGAAACAGAUGCAUCAGGACAAGAACCACGAACGGAACCAGAAAAUGUACGACGUGGUGGUCGUGGGCCUUAUCGUCCUCGAAUAUUUCGUAAUAAUCGUAAUUAUACUGAUGAUCGUCAAAAUUACUAUGAACGUGAAGGUGGUGAAGGUGGUCAGGAUACUUAUCGACAGAAUCGUCGUCAACAUGAUCGUCAACCGCGUUCAUUUGUUUCAGGUGUUAAACCUACUGAGAAAAAAGAUGGCGAAGGUGCAUAUAAUUGGGGUAAUCAAACUGAAAUUCCUCCAGAUGAUCAAAUACCGAAUGAUACACCUGAUACAACAGAUCAAGCAGCAGCAGCAGCAGCAUCAAAAGGUUGGGCACAACAAGUUGACGAGGCUGAAAAACAAAUGACACUGGAUGAAUAUAAAAAACAAUUAGAAGCUAAAAAACAAGCUCAACACGAAAAAUUUCCACAAUUUAAUAGACGUGCACCAAAUGAAGGUGUAGAUCCAAAAGAAUGGCAAAAAUAUGAACAAAAAUAUCGAAAAAAGAAUGAUGAUGAAGAAUCUGAUGGUGAACAACUUGAAGAAGGAAGUGGUGGUGAAGAAAAUGAAAGUGAAGAAGAAGUUGAAGAAGAACAUUUAAGUGGGAAGAAAAAAAUUAUUACAAUUCCACUUCGUUUUAAACCAAUUGAAAUUCCACGUGGUUCAAGAGGUGGACAACGUCGUGGUGCUGGUCGUUAUCAAGAUCGACCAUAUCGAGAUGAUCAACAACGAAGAUCUAAGUCACCAAGUCAACAACAACUACCAUCAUCUCAACAGGCCGGUGAAUAUCAAAACGACGAACAACCAAGAGCAUAUCAUGGCGGUUCAAGACAAGGAUCUGGUCGUGGAGAAUUUCGUCGAAUAUAUAGAAAUUCUGCACGUGGUGGUGGCGGUGGUUACAAUCGAUCAAAUACAGAUUCAAAUACACCUGAUCUUGCGAAUGCGCUUGAUUUCCCAACUCUUCCAAAACAAUAA